CCUCCUGGCUCUCUGGCCCCAGGAACAUUUCCUUUGAGUCUGGGCUGGCAGGCAGUGCUUGUCCCAUGCCCUGUCUCCUUUAAGUGAGGACAUCACUGAGAAGGGGUUUUAUGGCCUAAAUUUCACUUACCCCAUGAAAGGUUCCUUCACACUGGAUCCCACUGGAGAUGAUGGAGGCCAUUUGGGAGUCCUGGUUCUGUCGCCAGUUGCAUGGCACAGAAGAUGCAUGGUGUGAUUCCACUGAAGUAAAACAAUGUGUGUGCCUGUACCGGGUGGCAGGGAGUGUGUCUGGCAGGGGCCCCGCUGGAGGUGUCUACUGCAGACAGGCCAGGACAGAGAGUCGCUGUGGAAUGUCCAGGGUAGUUUCUCUGGGAACAGCAGGGGAGGAAUGAAUAUAGGUCCAGGUGGGACUGGACACUGUACUCACCUAAGACAACCUUAAGGACUAGGGGACGCCUGCGUGUCAGAGAGAGGUGGUAAGAACCUUGGAGCUGGCAGCUGGGCCACCUUUCCAACUUCCGACUGUCACCAGCACAAGGGGCUUGGAUAUUCGAAUCCUCACAGCCAACUGGACCACACUUACCGCACCCUGAAUGGUUGCAAGCAACAUCCCAGUUAUGUGAACACUCCAGAAGCAUCCUUGAAGGCCACUGACGAAGCUACCAUUGAUUGGUCAUCACUUUUUCCAGCGGCAUCUGGGGUUCCAGGCGGGCAGCAGCUGCAGGCCGCUGACGGCCCGGGAUGGACUGGCCACACAACCUGCUGCUCCUUCUGGUCAUCUCCAUCUUCCUGGGGCUGGGCCAGCCUAGGAACCCCAAAGGCAAGAGGAAGGGACAAGGGCGGCCUGGGACCCUGGCCCCUGGUCCUCACCAGAUGCCACUCGACCUGGUGUCCCGGGUGAAGCCCUACGCCCGAAUGGAGGAGUAUGAGAGGAACCUUGGCGAGAUGGUGGCCCAGCUCAGAAACAGCUCUGAGCCAGUCAAGAGGAAGUGUGAGGUCAACCUGCAGCUCUGGCUGUCCAACAAGAGGAGCCUGUCUCCCUGGGGCUACAGCAUCAACCACGACCCGAGCCGCAUUCCCGCUGACCUGCCCGAAGCUCGGUGCCUGUGUCUGGGCUGCGUGAACCCCUUCACCAUGCAGGAGGACCGCAGCAUGGUGAGCGUGCCGGUGUUCAGCCAGGUGCCAGUGCGCCGGCGCCUCUGCCCGCCCCCGCCGCGAGCCGGGCCUUGUCGCCAGCGCCCGGUCAUGGAGACCAUAGCUGUGGGCUGCACCUGCAUCUUCUGAGCCUCCAGGACCCAGAAAGCAGGCGGGCUGCCGGAGACGGCCUCCCUGCACCUGGUGCCAAGCAAGGCUGGUGAAAAGUAAAUGCUGUCCUCUGUAAAACAAGACUUUGGGUUUGCUGCUUGUGGCUCUAAACCAAAACUGGGAUGGGGCUUGGCCAUCCCUGGGAGGCCUAUUUCAAUUCAAUAUGAAGGAGGAUUUUCCAUCACUCUGAUUCCUUAACUCUGAGAUAGGCUAUUAAACAUGCUGCAUUCGAGCUGGACCUGGUGACACUUUGCCUGUAAAUCUGAGACUCAGGAGGCUGAGGC